AUAACAACUUUUUGGUUACGCCGCAGCUGAAGAGGAAAUGGAAGGGGUUGCUUCAAUAGCACUAAUAGAUAACGGGUCUAUUUCCGGUCACUUUAUUCACCUUCCUCAUUCUAUCUGCUAUGGCAUACAUGGAACUGAGAUGGUUUGUGAAAGGGAAUGCAGUAGGGGUGAGGAUUACCGCUUGGUGAAACUCAUAAUUAUUGACUACAAUAGAAAAAGAGAAAGGGAUGUUAUAGUGGAGUGCAGAGGACAUGAUGCUGCUAGGAUUCAGAAUGUUCAACAUGCUCAUGGAUGGGAGGAUGAUGUUGUCAAUAUGCUUGACGAGAAGGAACAGAAGCACAAGAUUCUUGUUUCUUUCGAGUGUGAGACACUGAAAGCAGGUAAAGAAGCUGAGGACCAUAUCAACAAAUUCAUGCCCAAAUUAGCCGGGACAGAUGCUGUUGUUAACAUUGGCAAGAUGAGGAUUGUAGGCUUGGACUUCGAAGAUGCAACUGGUGAUGAAGAUAAUAACCAGCAGAAUAUUUGAGCUGCAGCACAGCUGCACUACCUUGUGUCUCUUGGGCAGUUGACUGUAACAAUUGUUUCAGAAUAUAAAUUGGGAUGUAUUAUAUAGUUACUCAUGCAGUUUUAAGCUUAUUAUCUUGGCGUUAUGUUAUCUCAAAACUGCUAUGGGUUUUGCUAAUUUUCAUUUUAGAUUAAGAUGUAUUACUAGUUAAUUGCGUUAUACUAGGGCUUCAAGCUCAAUAUAUAUAA